CCUCACGCGGGGCGACGUUGCAUAGCGGAGCGGCCUCAGUUGCAGGGUCGAGCUCGGCGGGGAGGAAGCAGAGGAAGAGGGAGGAGAGGCCUCUCCCGUUUCGGGAAGGGCCGAGGAGAUCUGUUUUAAAAAAUGAAUGUCGGGGUUGCCCACAGUGAAGUCAACCCCAAUACAAGGGUGAUGAAUAGUAGAGGGAUGUGGCUCACAUAUGCUCUUGGCGUUGGCUUGCUUCAUAUCGUCUUGCUCAGCAUUCCUUUCUUCAGUGUUCCAGUUGCCUGGACCUUAACGAAUGUUAUUCACAAUUUGGGAAUGUAUGUAUUUUUACAUGCAGUAAAAGGAACACCUUUUGAAACACCUGACCAAGGAAAAGCAAGGCUACUGACACAUUGGGAGCAGCUGGACUAUGGGGUGCAGUUUACAUCCUCACGAAAAUUCUUCACAAUCUCUCCAAUAAUUUUGUACUUCCUAGCAAGCUUCUACACAAAAUAUGACCCGGCACACUUCAUCCUAAAUACGGCUUCCCUUCUGAGUGUACUUAUUCCCAAACUGCCACAGCUUCAUGGGGUCAGGAUCUUUGGCAUCAACAAGUACUGAGCACGAAAUAUGAAGUGGGAGCUAUCUGACCAAAACAUGCCGUAGCUGGUGGUUUUCCUUGGUGGAAAGAACAGUUUGUAGCGCCACUUCUCUAGUAAUCUACCACGAGAUUUUCUACUCCUAAGAUGUAAAUGCUGUUCUUUCAAAGCUGUGUGGGAGAGAAAUAGACUUUCUAAAAGAUAUUAGUGGUCUACUUCAGAGAAUAGGCCUCAGGAGCUGGGCAGGCCUGGCUGUGUUGUGUUAGAGCUAACAAAAAAGUGGCAAAUGUGGGUAUGGUUAGUUUGAAAAAUAAACAUAAUGUAUCACAAAUAAGUCAGCUGUAAUAAGUAGAAAAGAAAGGAGGAAAUGCUUUAGUUCUCCAUUUAACAGGUUGGUGUAGUUUAGAUUCUGUAAAGUAGCCAGUUAUUUGCUUCUUGAGUGGUUUUGCUUUCUCUUUGAGAUCCAGAAUUUUCUGUGUUACCAGGUUAACAUUAAACAUGCAAUUUGCCGUGAGUGGAUUGUAAUGAAGUUCACGCCUUAUCUAUUCAUGUGACCUUUAAUCGCAGUGACUUCUCCAGUUUUGGAUGUCAAAACUCAGGGGAAUGUUACAUCAGCUCUUAAGCCUUCCUUUUGUAUCAGUGUAGACUGAUCAAUAUCAUUUUGCUGGUUUUUGCAGACAAAGCUGAUCAUUCCAAAAUGGUUUCUACAGAAUGCCUCAAAACUACAAACCACUCUCUCUUUUAGGGAUGAAUUGAGCUCCUUUCUGUAUUUGCUUUCUUCAAAGAGCUGGGCUCCUGAAGAAAAAGAAAGGUUGCAGCCUCAAAAGCCAAUGCAGAUGGCGAAAUCUUUAGCUCAUACAAAAAGAGCAGUGGUCUUUCUUAUUAGUAGAGAUGUCUCCAGUGAUAAAUGACAUCAUUGAUGCUUCUAGGAAUCUUAAUAUGAUUGGUAACUCAGCUAGCAAGUGAUGCUUAUGUAGUGUUUUAUUAGAUUUCUGCAUCUAAGGUUAGGAGACUUGCUUAAUUUCUUUUCCUUUGUGCAUCACAUCUGAGUUUGGAAGCUUUUCAGAAGGUGAUGAAGUGUGUUUAGCAGAUUUUUGGAGAGUUGGUGAGAUACGAGAAAUUGCUUAAUUUAAGAACUUCAGGGUCCUACUUUCAAUGUCUGAUAUUAGCGUGUGGAGAGACAUUGUGACAUUAUAUGCCUCUCUUCAGGAUAUAAUGUUGUUUGAGUAUAAGUUCAAGAAGAGGCAUGUGUUUUCACCUAUGGAAUUGGGAGGUGUUGUGAUUUGCUAGAAGACAUGGACUUUUAAUAUAAUUACACUCUGUCUCAUUGUACUCUUUGGUCCAUGCCUGCUUCUCUGCUAAAAAGGCUUUCAAAUCCUAGCCAGUAGUGAUUUAGCCUUCAAAGUAAUAACUGGUUACUUUCUAAAAAUCAUCUUUCUUUUUGUUCUUCUUCCUCUGUGGAAAGUUUUUUUAAACAAUGUUUUAUAUUAAUAAAGUGGCUGACUUUGAUUGAUUGUAUGAACGUAAUACAUUGUAAGGGCAGUUCACUGUACCAAAAAGUUGAAAGCAUAACAAAUCACUAUUAUGCUUUUGUAAAUAGAAUAAUUGUAUUGUAGGGUAAGUGUUUGAAACACUACAUCAGAUGUAUGGAGAAGUAAAUGAGUAGCUUUUUCAACAAUAAUAGAAGAUGUUGUUGUGGUUCUGUCUAUUCUGACAUUCCUCCUCCACCGCCCCAAUCUGAUUUAUGUGGUUUUCCCAAUUAAAAUUAUUUGUCCUGAGAA